UGGGCGGUCCCUCUUACGCCAGCCGUUCCAGGGUGCGAUUUUUUUCCGACCCCCCCUUUUCUCUCUCCUUUUCUCUUUUUUUCUUUCCCUUUUUGUGAAUGAAAAAAGGAGGUCGAGAGCGGUGCCCGGGACUGCGGCGCUAGGCAGGCGUCUCCAGGCAGCGCCGGCGCCGCGGGCCUCGCCCCGCUCCUCGCUCUCUUGCGCGCCGCCCGCAGCCUCCACGCAGAGCCCGGCCCGGCAGCCCGGGGUCGGGACGGCCGCGGCAGCCCGCGCCCCGCGCCUCCAUGACAUUGGGCGCCCGGGGCGCGGGGAGAUGCUGAUCCGGAAGAGGCAGUGUCUGCAGUGCAGCGCACGCGGCCGCUCGCGGCCCGCCGUCCGGCCUGGGCUGCUCUGCCAGAGUUUCUGAUCCAUCGCGAGCCCGGCCGGACCUGGAGCCCACAGCGGGGCGGCGAGGGAGCCGGCGUCGUCCUGACGUGCCCGCGCGGAGUGACCCCAGACACCUCACUAAAAUGAGCGUGCUUAGCAGGAAGAGACGUGUUCUUUACACUAGCAAAUGCCCCGUCACAUGUAGUGGUAAGGGCCUUCUGUUUGUUCAUUCGAGCCAUCCCUCGCUGGGGCUGAACAAGCUACUUCCUCGUGCCCAACACUGGAGGAAACUGAGGCAAGCAUUUGCCCAAAAUUCAGGCAGAAACUGUGACCCUCUGCUUCUCCUAGCAAGCCCACACUCCAUGGAGACAACAGAGUCCCAAUUAAUGGAUUCUGACAUGGAUUAUGAAAGGCCAAAUGUAGAGACCAUCAAGUGUGUGGUGGUGGGGGACAACGCUGUGGGUAAGACCAGGCUCAUUUGUGCCCGGGCCUGCAAUGCCACCCUCACACAGUACCAGCUGCUCGCCACCCAUGUGCCCACAGUGUGGGCCAUCGACCAGUAUCGUGUGUGCCAAGAGGUGCUGGAACGCUCCCGAGAUGUGGUAGAUGAUGUCAGCGUCUCCCUGCGCCUCUGGGACACCUUUGGAGACCACCACAAAGAUCGCCGCUUUGCUUAUGGGAGAUCGGAUGUGGUGGUUCUGUGCUUCUCCAUUGCCAACCCCAAUUCCCUCCACCAUGUCAAGACCAUGUGGUACCCAGAAAUCAAACACUUCUGCCCUCGAGCGCCUGUCAUCCUGGUGGGCUGCCAGCUGGACCUGCGCUAUGCUGACCUGGAGGCUGUCAACCGGGCCAGGCGGCCCUUGGCUAGGCCCAUCAAGCCCAAUGAGAUCCUUCCCCCAGAGAAGGGUCGGGAGGUGGCCAAGGAUCUGGGCAUCCCCUACUAUGAGACCAGCGUGGUGGCCCAGUUUGGCAUCAAGGACGUCUUUGACAAUGCCAUCCGGGCCGCGCUCAUCUCCCGGCGCCACCUGCAGUUCUGGAAGUCCCACCUCCGCAACGUGCAGCGGCCUCUGCUGCAGGCGCCCUUCUUGCCCCCCAAGCCACCGCCCCCCAUCAUCGUGGUGCCCGAUCCCCCCUCCAGCAGUGAGGAGUGCCCCGCCCACCUCCUGGAGGACCCGCUCUGUGCGGAUGUCAUCCUGGUGCUGCAGGAGCGGGUGCGUAUCUUUGCCCACAAGAUCUACCUCUCCACCUCCUCCUCCAAGUUCUACGACCUGUUCCUCAUGGACCUGAGUGAGGGGGACCUGGGAGGCCCCUCUGGGCCAGGGGGGCCCUGCCCAGAGGACCACCGGGGCCACCCCGAUCAACACCACCACCAUCAUCACCACCACCACGGGCGGGACUUCCUGCUACGGGCAGCCAGCUUCGAUGUGUGUGAGAGCGUGGAUGAGGCUGGAGGCUCCGGUCCUGCUGGUCUCCGAGCCUCAACCAGUGAUGGGAUCUUGCGGGGCAAUGGAACAGGGUACCUGCCAGGCAGGAGUCGUGUGCUGUCUUCCUGGAGCCGAGCUUUUGUCAGCAUUCAGGAAGAGAUGGCAGAGGAUCCUCUGACCUACAAAUCCCGGCUGAUGGUAGUGGUGAAAAUGGACAACUCCAUCCAGCCGGGGCCCUUCCGGGCCGUUCUCAAGUACCUGUACACAGGGGAGCUGGGUGAGAAUGAGCGGGACCUCAUGCACAUCGCCCACAUUGCCGAGCUGCUGGAGGUCUUUGAUCUGCGCAUGAUGGUGGCCAACAUUCUCAACAAUGAGGCCUUCAUGAACCAGGAGAUCACCAAGGCCUUCCAUGUCCGUCGCACCAACCGGGUUAAGGAGUGCUUGGCCAAAGGCACCUUCUCAGAUGUGACCUUCAUCCUGGAUGAUGGCACCAUCAGCGCCCACAAGCCCCUGUUGAUUUCCAGCUGUGACUGGAUGGCUGCCAUGUUUGGGGGGCCAUUUGUGGAGAGUUCCACCAGGGAGGUGGUGUUUCCCUACACGAGCAAGAGCUGCAUGAGGGCGGUGCUGGAGUACCUCUACACUGGCACGUUCACCUCCAGCCCCGGCCUGGACGACAUGAAGCUCAUCAUCUUGGCCAACCGCCUCUGCCUGCCGCACUUGGUUGCCCUCACAGAGCAGUACACGGUGACCGGGCUGAUGGAAGCAACCCAGAUGAUGGUGGACAUCGACGGGGAUGUCCUCGUAUUCCUGGAGCUGGCUCAGUUCCACUGUGCGUACCAGUUGGCUGACUGGUGUCUCCACCACAUCUGCACCAACUACAACAAUGUGUGCCGCAAGUUCCCCCGAGACAUGAAGGCCAUGUCCCCAGAAAACCAGGAGUACUUCGAGAAGCACCGCUGGCCGCCCGUCUGGUACCUGAAGGAGGAGGACCACUACCAGCGGGCGCGAAAGGAGCGCGAGAAGGAGGACUACCUGCACCUGAAGCGGCAGCCCAAGCGGCGCUGGCUGUUCUGGAACAGCCCCUCCUCCCCGUCCUCCUCGGCUGCCAGCUCAGCAUCCCCAUCCUCCUCCUCCUCCUCGGCCGUGGUCUGAGAUGCUGCCACCCUCUUCCGACCCUGCUGCUGUCGUCCCGUUUGCCCUUGCCCCUGUGCUCUCAGCAUCACCCCGUCACCCAACAGGGACGAGGGGACCCACCUACCAGGACCCUAAGGGCAGAGCUGUUGUCACCAGUCAGCUCGGCUUAGGAGCUGCCCUUCCUCAGAACAGGGCCACCCACAGGGGCCCCGGGGUCCAGGCGGUGCAGGGUCCCUGCUGGGAAGUGGAGGGACAGGGCUCCCAGCAGGAGGCCCUGCCUGUGUGUCUGUCCCUGCGCUGGCCAGGGAGGCAGCCCCCCUCCCAGAGAGCAGCGAGGGUCCUGCCUCUGCUGGCCGUGUCUUUCCAUCCGUGGACUUGAGGUGGCAAAUGUUUCGUGGGCAUUUCUACAUGGAACACACUCAGAUCCUCACUGGAGAAGUCAGGGUAGAAAUUCACCUUUCAAAGCCCAGCUCCAGAUGUCUUCAUCCUGGGAUGCAGCUGCAAGAGACCAGCGCAUGCAAACCCUGCCAGUGUCCCUCGAGGGCCGCAGGCAGUGCGGGCCUGAUGGCAGGUGGCAGAGGUGGCCCGAGGUCCAGGCCUGGAGUCGGGGCCUCAUGGUGCGAUGAGAAACUUCUCCUCCCCCUCCUGCAUGCCUCAGAUUUGGAGAUGGAGCCAAAGGAAGCAGCUGGCAUGGGGGAGAAGGAGGAAGGGGUGGGGUUUGUCCAAAGCAAUUCCUUGCACCUCUGGGGCCCUGCCCCUGCCCCUGCCCCUCAGUAGCACUGCUUUUUAUGGGGUGGGGAAAAAUUAGCAAAAAUGACUCCCAACAACAAAGGAAGGAAAACCAAACUCAAAAGAAGAUCACCACCAACAAAUACACUUAUCUCCCCAAAGAAUGAAAUCAGAGAAAAGGCCCUGGAGAGCUUAUGCUUCAAUAAACCCAGACAGAAGCCCCCAGGAUGAGGAGACAAAAGGUUCAGUCACACCAUCACCUCUGACCCCGUGUAGGAUGGGGCCUGUCACCUUCUGCGGCCGGCUGAGGAUGCCCUGGCCUUGCGGGCUGCCCUCAGGGAAUUCCAGCUCCAGGCCUGCAGCUUGCUGGGACAAGCCGUGGGGUCGGAGGGGAGGGCUUCGGUCUAAGGGCUCGAGCAGCACUGGACUCUUCGUAUCCUGAAGGUGACCUCACAGGACGUUCACUGGGAUGCGCUGGGUGGGUGGCAGGGGUCGGAUGUCAGGGGAAAGGACAGAGCAGGAGAACAGGCGUCUCCUGUAAUGAAGGCUCAAGGACAGAGCCUGGUCCAGUCCUGGUGUAGGCUAAAGGGAGGGAGAAAACCAGGUGGUUGAACAGGAGAAAUUCAGAGAGGACUCAAAUAGCUUUGCCCAGGGCACAAAAAGCUGGGCCUCAGUUGACCUUUUCCCUGUUUCCUAACCCUGACCCAUACUUCACCACCCCUCCCCUCACACCCCUGGGAUGGGCUCCUGCUGAAGAGGGCCCCAGUCAGGAGGCAGUGGGCAUGUGAAGAUGCUUUAGGAGGAGGGACGGCUAGGCACCGGGGAUGGGCUGGUUAGGUCGGAUAGACCGCCCGGAAACAAGGUGACUCUGCGAUAAAUAUGGUGUCAAGACCUGGAGCUCUGAGGCUGAAUCCUCAUCAGGCAUUGGAGGUCAAGCAGGUCUAAAGUUGGGGUGAAGCCCUUGUUUUCUGAGCUGGGAGCUUCCAAGUCCUCCAGGUUGGCUGGCUGGGAAGCCAGUCACAUGCUGCCCUCUGCUGGUUAGUCAGAUUUCCUGCAUCUGGGCUCUGCCCAUGGCUUCCAAAGCAAGGCUCAGCCUCUGCUUUUGAGAAGGGAGCAUCCAGGAGACCAGGGCAGCACCCUCCCUCCAGCAAGGGGACAGAGUUGAAGGCACACACGGGCCUCCCAGGAACUGAAGGCCCUAGAGAGCAAGGGGAAUUGGUCUCCUAGGAGCCUGCAGGGCUUAGUACCUGGGGCUACUGCGGUUGGACAGGCUGGCGGGGACAGAAAGGAGCCCACAGGAGAGCGCCACGAGAUCCCCGCACCCCAGGCCCACACACUCCUCAGGGACCCACCGCCCUUCCCCACAGCUCCGCCAGAGCCAGUGUGCACCCCAGAGAAACCACCCCAGCAGACUGUGGGGGAGCCAGGCUGGAGAGGGCCGGGGAGGUGUGAGUUCCAGUCCCCUAGGGACUGGUGCUCCGGAUUCCAGGAGGCAGAAAGAGGAAGCAGCCCGUGCAGGACAAGGCCCAGGCACACAGCGGAGGAAGGAAAGGGGCGGAUCACACAGCGAGAACACUCCCCGGGACUCCUCACGCUCAGAGCUGUUUCUGAGAAUGGGAGGAUGGGGCCAAAAAA